UCUGUUUAAGACUCCAGGCCGGUUGUGUACGUGUGUCUACAGCAUUAAGCUGUUCGAGCAUUCGUGCCGGUGUACGGUCGCCCUUAGUUGUCGUUUACUCGGUUAGGGAUCAGUGCUCGCGCGUUCGUAAACUUGGGACAUUGUUAAGUUUCGUGUCAAUUCUUGAACAUUAUUACAUAAAAUAGUUGAAGACAGUGAAAUAAGCUAUUCUACUCAGGAUUGGGUUCCUGAGGUCAAAACCGAAUAUUAUCUCGAGACAGGUGGUCGGAGUGUCGGUAUGAGGGGAGAGGCACUGCGGCUGGCGCGGAUAGCGCUGGUCCUACUGCAGUCCUCAUUUGUUCUUAGUCGGAUCGCUUUCGAAAAAUUGACAGAUGUGGAUUUCUCUGGCACUGCGUACUACACUGUGCGGAACUUGUCACUCUAUGAGUGUCAGGGAUGGUGUCGUGAGGAACCAGACUGCCAGGCAGCCUCAUUCAGUUUCGUGUUGAACCCCUUGACACCAGUGCAGGAGACGCGCUGUUUGCUGCAAAAUGACACGCAAGCUAACAACCCCAUGGCUACGCCGCAGCGUGCCGUGAAUACUUAUUAUAUGGUGAAACUUCAAGUGAGGACGGAAAGUGUAUGCCUUCGACCAUGGGCAUUUGAACGAGUACCCGGUAAAGCUCUACGGGGUCUUGACAAUACUAUCAUAUACACAUCUACGAAGGAGGCCUGCCUUGCAGCGUGUCUUAAUGAGAAGCGGUACGCUUGUCGGUCAGCAGAGUACGAAUAUGGAAGUAUGAGGUGCGCACUUAGUGACUCCGACAGGCGCACAGGUCAACAUUUCGUACAACUUGUCGACACUCCUGGUACAGAUUAUUUUGAGAAUCUGUGCCUGAAGGCGUCUCAAGCGUGCAAGGGGCAGCGAGUAUUCACCGCACCUCGUGUCGGCGUCGCCGAGGAUAAAGUCGCGCAGUAUGCGGGAUUGCAUUAUUACACCGACAAGGAAUUACAGGUGACAUCGGAAAGUGGCUGUCGGCUCGCUUGUGAGAUUGAAUCAGAGUUCCUAUGUCGGUCGUAUUUGUACCUCGGAGCUCCUCACUCUACUACGUACAACUGUCGGCUAUACCAUUUGGACCACCACACUUUGCCUGAUGGCCCGUCAGCGUACUUAAACACCGAGCGACCAUUGAUUGACGACGGGGAACCAAUCGGAAAAUAUUUCGAGAACUUCUGCGAGAAGCCGCCGACAAAUGCCAACCCGCCUGGCGAGUUGCCGGUUACUAUCGACCAUCAGCAGGAUGCCGAAACAUCAAACAACCUGACGAGAAAUGACGCCAACUGUGAUAAGACGGGCACUUGCUACGAUGUAUCAGUUCACUGCAAGGAUACCAGGAUUGCGAUACAAGUCCGUACAAACAAGCCCUUCAAUGGUCGUAUCUACGCUUUGGGUCGCUCUGAGACUUGCAACAUCGAUGUGGUGAAUAGCGACCUUUUCCGUCUCGACCUGACCAUGUCAGGCCAAGACUGUAACACUCAGAGUAUUACUGGGGUUUAUUCUAAUACUGUUGUACUUCAACAUCACAGCGUGGUUAUGACAAAAGCCGAUAAGAUUUAUAAAGUAAAAUGUACAUAUGAUAUGAGUUCGAAGAACAUCACGUUCGGAAUGGUGCCAAUCAGAGAUCCGGAGAUGAUUUCCAUUACUGCCUCACCGGAGGCUCCACCUCCACGUAUUCGUAUUUUGGACGCUCGUCAACGCGAAGUGGAAACUGUGCGUAUCGGAGACCGCCUUACAUUCCGCAUUGAGAUUCCUGAUGACACUCCAUAUGGCAUCUUCGCGCGCAGCUGUGUUGCUAUGGCAAAGGAUUCUAAGAGUACAUUCCAGAUCAUCGACGAUGACGGAUGUCCUGUUGAUCCAUCGAUAUUUCCGGCCUUCUCUCCUGAUGGCAACGCAUUGCAAUCCGUGUAUGAAGCAUUCAGAUUCACCGAGUCAUACGGUGUCAUCUUCCAGUGCAACGUCAAGUAUUGUUUGGGCCAUUGUGAACCGGCUGUGUGCGACUGGGGCAGAGAAUCCCUGGAGUCUUGGGGCAGAAGGAAGCGUUCGUUGUCACAAAAGGAAAUCGGUGAAGCCCAAUCUCAGGAGGAGGAUAUGAAUAUAUCACAAGAGAUCUUGGUACUAGAUUUCGGUGACGAUCGUCAGAGUACAGACUUCCUCAGAUCCGACAAACCUGGUGGUACCGCGUCGGAAGCAAACUUUGGGGAGAAAACAGUGACGAUAGUGGAACCGUGUCCCAGCAAGUCAUCUGUUCUUCUGCUGGGAGUGGCGUGUGCGCUGCUCGUUCUUUUAUAUAUAGCAACUAUAUUCUGUUAUUACAUGCGCAAAUGGCUUACCCCACCCAAGCACAUGUCGUAAUUAUGCUUUUCCAUCGUGCGUCAAACUUAGAGGCUAUAUCGACAAGUUGGUCUCGACAUAUAGUUGUUCCAUGCUUGUUUUGUAUUGAGGAACUUGUGAUACAAAUGACUGAUAACAAAAACCCAUGUCAAACUAUUUAACAUGUCAUAAAUCCGUCCAUAGUUAUUUAUUUAAGUUCCGUGAUUCACAUUGUAAUUUAUAAAAAGUAAUCUCGUGGUGAAUUUGUUUUGGGAAAUGAUUUCGUGACAAUAUUGAUAUUAUUGUAACCACCGCGUGUUUUGCAUUGCAUAUGCAUUUAUUUUAGUGUUAAUUUAUUGCAUUUAAAAGCAUUUACUAAUAUUAAGUAGAUAUAAUGCGAUUAGUGGAAUGGCGAAUUUUAUUGACAAAUUGAUUUAUUUGUCCAUUGCCUUAGCCAAUAUUAGUAACAAACAGGUAGGUUAUUUAUUUUCCCUUAAUACUGCAGUUGAGGGAAAAUACAUAUAAUUAAGGAAAUGCAUUUACUAGAAUUAAGUAUCGGACCAAUUUUUGUACAAUUAUUGAGUAGGUACUCAUAUAGUACACAGCAAAAUAUUGUUUGGAAUAGUCCCUGAAAACUGAUGAAACAGCAUUUCAUUCCUGUGAUGGAACUGUAUGGUUUAAGGGGAAUAUUCUGAUAUUAUUGGUUAGAAAUAUUACUAGAUAAAUUAUUAACAUAAAUAAUUCAUUUAUCUAAACAUAUUGUAAUUUUUAGGACUACUUUUUCAGCUAUUAUUAUUUUCAUUAUUCCAUAUUUCUUGUGAAAAAUUAUAGACUAUACUAUUUUUGUAAAUAUAUUGCCUUUCCACUUUCAUGUUAACAAUUCUAAAUGUCUUUGAGAACUUUCAGUUGGGUUUUGUAGAAAUAUAUAUAGGACUAAUGUAUUAAUUGUACCUCGUACAUAUUACAGUCAUAAAUAUAAUAGUUUCUCUUAACCCAACUUGAGAUUUCUAUUUUAUUUAUUUAAUUUAAUUAAUUUACUUAUUUAUUACUUUUACAUUUUAAAUUAACAAAUGAAAUAAACUUGUACAAAUUUA